UAGGGUGGGCGGGUGUUCUGGAGGGAUGAGAUUAGAUAGGGUGCAAAGGGUAUUCUUCAUCCGAAACGAUCUUACAAUCUCGUUUGCUUCCGCUAAAACCGCAGGUAUUUUUAGAGCAAAUCGGUAUAAAGCAAUCAAAUGGUAAACAAAUCACAUUCAAAAAAAUCUUUUUUUUUAAAAAAAACACUAAACCCAGUGUCUUUUGAUUUGCUUGCUGGUGUUUUUCGUGAGAGAGGUGGACGUGAACAAGAGGGACGGAAAGAACGAGAGAAAGGGAGGGAUAGAAUGAGAGAGUGUGGGAGGGAAAUGAUUCAGUAACUAGUUGAUUAAGGUCUCUCUAGCCAGUGUUUUGGCAGCACCAGUUGUCACAGCCCGGGCAGUGUGGUGGGAGCUUGCCUGUUAGGUGAGGGCUGAGGUAUUGGCUAGUCAGGCUGGUUACCUGGUUGUUUGUGGAGGGCUGGGGUUCGAUAGAGGAAAGGUUUGUAGACUGAAGCCAGUGUUUGUUUGAUCCGGUAAACCUUGUAAACCUGUUCCUCGCUCCAAACACAGCAGUUAUUCCCAGUUCUCUCUCAAGCGGACACUUCCUGUGCCACAGGGAGAGCGAGACAUUCUGCAUUUAAAGUUUAAAUCACCGGCCGUGCCAGUCAGAGCUGGAGCAGAGAGAGAGAGAGAGCUCAGUUAACGUCUCGACGUGGCGAAGGGAACUAAGCUCAGUUUCAGCUCGGGAGGAACCUGGAAUCCCAUCUGAAAUGGAACAAACAAAUGAUGUUGAGGACACCGAUUCUAUCUCCCCGUGCACAUCCUCGAGAAAAUUUACUUUUAAUCCAAAGGAAGGAAUUGAUAACCCGGCGCUUGUGAUCACUGAUGAUCUGGAGACGGCCAUGUCACUCAAGCCCAGAGUUUGUGCUCUGAGCAAGAAGGAGAGUGAGAUGUUUGUUUACCUGCGCUCAGAGGUGGGAAAGGAAGGUCACAUCAUCCGACAGGUGGAGUGGGGGAGCUAUGCCCAGCGAGUGGGGCUGUGUGACGCUGACCGGGUUCUGGAGGUCAACGGGGAGUUUGUGGCCGACAUGGAGCAUAGUCAGGUGAUCGAGAAGGUGCGACAGAGCGGGAACAAGGUGUCACUGCUGGUGGUGGAGGGAGUCGCUUACGAGGAGGCGAGGGCGUGUCAUGUGGACAUCCCACAGCUGGUGAAGGCGGACAACGGGACCCCCGUCCCCCCACCCCGGGUCUGUCACGUCACCAGGGGGCCGCGAGGCUUCGGCUUUGAGCUGAGUCCCUCCAAAGGUAUCCGAGGACACUUCACGCUGACGGUGACGGAGGCGGGGGAGGCUGAGAAAGCCUUGGUUCAGACAGACGACCGUCUGAUCGAGGUGAACGGGGAGAAUGUGGAGGACUGUACGUACCUGCAAGUCAGCAAAAGGAUCAAAGAGAGCGGGGAGGCAGUGACAUUGCUGGUGGCGGGCAGGAGGACGGUGGCUUAUUACAGAGACAAAGGGCUGACGGUGGUGCCAGCCAUGGCUUCCUUUAGCCACGUCGCCUUCAGGCCCCGGAGCCUCCACCUGCUCAUGGGCUCAAGCGGCUUCGGGUUCCUGCUCAAAGCCGAGGAAAGGAAGACAGGCACGAUCGGUCAGUACCUGAGGGAGCUGGACGCUGGGAGCCCGGCCGAGGCCAGUGGGAUGAGGGACGGAGACCGGCUAUUGGCUGUGAACGGGAAGAAUCUGGAGGGGGUGGAACACGAGACCGCAGUGACGAUGAUCCGGGCAAGCGGAGACAGCGUGACACUGACCGUCAUCGACCCCCAGGGUGACGCCUUCUUCACCCGUCUGGGGUUGUCCCCUUUAAUUGCCCUUCAAGGUGAGCAGCGGGAGGAGGACAGAGAAAGAGGAAGGAGAGAGGCGAGAGAUGAAGAGAGUGCGACAGAGAACAGAGGGGAGGGGGCAUCAGCCCCCAAACCCAGGUUCGGGCGUCUGGUGCAGAACUCCGAGGGAUUUGGCUUCCAAGUCUACAGCAUCGCAGACGAGACAGGGACCUACAUCAAACAGGUGGCGGCGGGCGGGGUCGCAGCCCGGGCGGGGCUGAGGGACUGGGAUGUGUUGGUGGAAGUGAACGGAGAGAACGUGGAGAGCAGCCCGUACGAAGAUGUGGUGUGCAAGAUCCAAGCCAGCGGCCAGGAGGUGGCAUUGCUGGUGAUGAGCCAGAACGAGUAUUGGCAUUGCAAGGAAAACCAUAUCCCACUCUCAUCCGGGGUUCCGGGGGGGGGAGGGGAGAGACAGCGUGGGAAUGGGAGCCUUCCCAGUGACAGCACCUCCCGCAGCAACAACAACAACAACAGCAGCAGCAACAACAACACAACAACCGCCACAGACAAAGGCAGUGGGUCAUCCAAGUGAUCCGACCAAAUAAUAUCAAGGGAUACGACAUAUAGAUUGGGACACGCCGAGUGCAUGUGAUCGACUGCCGGGAUGGGAGUGGAAGGCGCUGUUCUGUAAGCCGGGGGUGUCCAACCUUUUGGCUGCUGAGGCCCGGUCGCCCAAUUUGAGAAACGCCCACGGGUCGCAUAAGCAAUAUUUUUGUGUUUCCCUUCCAGAGAGAUAACAUAACAUUCACAGGUUAUGGAGAGACGGGGCACGGGGGGGAAGCGGUGGAUGAAAUCGGGCUGCGGGGGCCGGAUGCGGGUCCAUGGGCUGCCAGUUGGGCCACCCUGUUCUCAAAGGUUAA